CUGAAAAGCUCUAGUAGAGCUGAAAAAUUAUAUUCCAAACGAAACCGAAACUAUCUAGGGUUUUAACACAAGUGACUCAGCCAUGAAAUCACCACGGUAUAUUGUCUCGGAGAACCCUCAAACAACCCUUCGAUGCCACUCACGAGACUCAUCUCCGAUCCCUAUAGAUCUCAUCAUCGAGAUAUUGUUGAGGUUGCCUCUGAAGUCUAUAGCCAUAUGUCGAUGUGUAUGCAAGUUCCUGGCCUCCGCACUUGUCCGUCCAGAUUUCACGGACUCGUUCUUGGCCAGUUCUUCUGCUCGGCCACAAAUCUUGUUCGCCUGCCAAAACCAUGAUAAAAAUGAGGUAAUGUUAUACUUCUCCGCAUCUCAGUCUCAAAAUUCUGAUGAUAGCUCAUCUACUAUAGUUUCCAAUCAUCAUAUGGGUUUCCCCGUUGAUAGUCUCAACCUUAAGUGUAGUGCUGUCAGUGGUUUUGUCUGUGUCGAAGAUCAUCAGAUCAUAAAGGGAAGGAAAAACCCAAAGCUUGUGUGGGUGAUAUGUAACCCUAGCACGGGUCAGUCUUUUACUUUACCCAAAAUGAAUACGAGGAAGCGAUCUUGCAUAACCUGCUUUUUAGGAUAUGAUCCUAUUGAUAAACAACACAAGGUGUUGGCAAUGACAUUUGAACCUACAAAAGCUGAAGACCAUCAAGUUCUGACAUUAGGAGGAACUGAGAAACUGACAUGGAGAAGAAUUGAAUGUGGCAUACCUCAAUAUGGUUCUCCGGGGACUCAUAGUAUAUGCAUUAAUGGUGUUUUAUAUUUCAAAGCUAAGGGCAACAGAUCUUCCAAUGGUCAAGAUAUGAUAGUUUGCUUUGAUGUUAGGUCUGAGAAGUACAACUUUGUUAAAGUCAUGGAAAGAGCAGAGCAUCCUGAAGCAACACUUGUAAACUACAACGGUAAAUUGGCUUUAGUCAGCUCACAAUAUCCCUUCACCGGUCUUAUUUGUAGUUCAAGUAGAGGUUUUGAGAUGUGGGUUCUACAAGACUCGGAAAAACAUGAAUGGUCCAAUCAUAUUUACAAGUUACCUUCACUGUCGGAGUAUAUAUGUGGAGGGCAGAACUUAUUCUUUGUGGGAGUGACUGGUGGAAAUGAAAUUGCUUUGUGUCGCAACUAUGUAUUCCGCCGGCCUUUCUAUGUUUACUACUACAAUUUGAAUUGUGGAACUAUAAGAAGAGUUGAAGUUCAAGGAAUGGGACCGUUUGAUGGGGUUUAUAGAGUUGACACUUUUCUGAAUCAUGUAGAGGACAUGAAAUUUUAUUAAGACUUUCUAACGGAGGCUGGCUCUUAAGAAGCAUCAUAGUAUCUUAAUACUAUAUAAGAGCCCUUAUCUUUCCAAUCGUUUUGUGUUUCUGUAGGCUUUUUCGCUUAUUGGAGGACUAUUUUCUGUCUUAUUUUGGUAUUCAUCUUUUCUAUCCUCUUGUUCACUUUGAAGCAAUGAUUGUUCUAAAUCAUGUUUUAGAAACUCUUUUCUACAUGUAACACCAUAUAUGUAGUUA